AUGAUAUUUACUAUGAAGAAGAUCAAUGAAGACCUCCAGCUCUUACCUAAUAUCACUUUGGGCUUCAGAAUCUAUGAUAGUUAUGCUGGGGCACAGACAUAUCAUACCACGUUGGAACUUUUCUCUGGUCAGAAGCAAUUCAUUCCCAAUUACAAGUGUGGCCUCCUGAACAAACUCAUAUCAGUUAUUGGAACUAUUGAUCCUGGAAUCACUUUUGAUAUGGUAGAUAUUUUAGAUUUUUACAAAGUUCCACAGUUCCCAACUGGUUCUGCUCCAAAUGAAAGCCCUUUCUACUACCAUUUAGUUCCAAGUGAAGAGGUUCAUUAUAUUGGGAUUAUUCAAAUACUUUUGCACUUCAAGUGGACCUGGGUUGGAGUACUUGUAAAAUACCUUAGAAGAACAUUAGAACAUCUAAUCUUUUCAAUGUUUUCUCUUAAAGGCAUCUGCAUUGCCUUCCUAGAACAAUUCAAAUCAAUUUAUUUCAAUACUUUUUUUGAUAAUUUGAAAUGGCUUGUUGAAACAUUUCAACUUCUUGCUAACAGCAAAGUCAAAGUUAUCAUAAUCAGUGAUAAUUAUCUUUUAAAUUUAAGAUGGUUGUUACGUCUACCCGAAAUGGAAAUAGUUUCUGUAAAGCCAAAAGGCAAGGUAUGGAUUGUGGCUUCCCAAGUGGGUCUUGCAUCAUUCUUUUAUCAGAAAAGCUGGGAUAUCCAAGUUCUCCAUGGUGCUCUGACCAUUGCAGCUUACUCAAAUGAAGUUGCAGGAUUCCAACAUUUUCUUCGGACAAGAAACCAUUUCACUUCAAAAGAAGAUGGUUUUAUCAAAAAUGUGUGGGAGCAAGCAUUUGGCUGUGUUUUUCCAAAUCCAUCUGGGAAUGAGGAAAUGGAUAGUUUGUGUACAGGGAAGGAAAAACUGGAGAACCUUCCUGGAGCUUUUUUCGAAAUGAGGAUGACCAGUCAUAGUUACAGUAUAUACAAUGCAGUGUAUGCUGUGGCACAUGCUUUACAUGCCAUGAAGCUGGCACAACAACAGAACAGAAAUCUAAGUAGUAGAAAACUCAAUCUUCAGGAUGCCCAGCCAUGGCAGGUAAUUUGGAAAUGGGAAUUGAAUGCCAUUGAUUCUCCAACAUCUCACACCUGGUUACAAAGGGAAGUGAGCUGUAGAUGGACACUUUGUAAUGAUUUGCAGGUUUCUUCCUUAUUUCUCUCCUUUUGUGGAAUUGGUAAAUUCAAUGUAAACACUCAGAAGUAUUUCAGUCAAUAUGGAGUGUCAUUUAACAACAGUGUUGGAGAUGAAAUUUCCUUUGACAAGAAUAGAGAACUGUAUACAGGACUGGAUGUGGAGAACUGGGUCACAUUUCCCAACCAGUCCUUCCAUCGAGUGAAAGUUGGGAAGCUAGAUCCCAGGGCUGCUGAAGACCAAAUAUUCACCAUUCACGAGGAAGCCAUCAGCUGGCCCAGCACUUUCAACCAAACCUUACCUGUUUCAAUUUGUACUGAGAGUUGCAUCCCUGGUUAUUUCAAGAGAAAACAAGAGGAAAAGCCAUUUUGCUGCUAUGAUUGCCUUCCAUGUCCCAAAGAGAAAAUGUCAAGACAGAAGGACAUGGAUGACUGUCUGAAAUGCCCAGAAGAUCAAUAUCCAAAUAAGAAUCAAGAUUCCUGUAUUCCCAAGAAAAUAUCUUUCUUGUCAUAUAAAGAACCAAUGGGACUUGGUUUAGCCAUUUUGGCACUUUUCUUUUCUCUCUGUACAAUUGUGGUGCUGGCAACAUUUUUGAAAUACCAUAGUACACCUAUUGUCAAGGCCAAUAAUCAAAAUCUCACCUAUAUUCUACUCAUUUCUCUCCUCCUUUGCUUCCUUUGCUCACUGCAAUUCCUUGUUAAACCAGGCAAUAUUAUAUGUCUCCUCCGACAAAUUAGCUUUGGAAUCAUCUUCUCAAUAUCUGUGUCUUCUGUGCUGGCAAAAACCAUCACUGUAGUUAUGGCUUUUAUGGCCACCAAGCCAGGAUCCAGGAUGAGAAACUGGGUGGGAAGAAAACUGGCACUUUCCAUUGUUCUUUCUGGUUCCAUGAUUCAAAUAGGAAUCUGUAUUGUGUGGUUGCUCAUAUUUCCCCCUUAUCCCAAUGUUGACACCUAUUCAAAAAUAGAGGAAAUCAUAUUGCAAUGCAAUGAAGGCUCAACUACCAUGUUCUAUUGUGUCCUGGGCUACAUGGGCUUUCUCGCAGUUGCCAGUUUCACAGUAGCAUUUUUUGCUAGGAAUCUCCCCAGCAGUUUCAAUGAGGCCAAAUGUCUCACAUUCAGCAUGCUGAUCUUCUGCAGUGUGUGGCUCUCCUUUGUUCCAUCCUACCUGAGCACCAAAGGCAAAUACAUGGUGGCUGUGGAGGUUUUCUCCAUUUUGGCCUCCAGUGCUGGGUUGCUAGGCUGCAUAUAUCUCCCCAAAUGUUACAUAAUCCUUAUAAGACCGGAAUUAAAUAACAGGGAACAACUAAUAAAGAGAAAAUAG